CGUAGAAGAAGAGCCGCAGCCCUCUCAGCAUCAGCAUCAGCACCUGCGACGACAUCUCCCUCCUCUCCUCGCCUCUCCUCUCCUCUGCUCUCCUCUGCUCCUCUCCGUCCACUGCGGAACAUCGGCCUGUUUUCCUCCCAUCCCUCCGCCAGCGGCAGACCCAGCUCGCCAUGGACAACUCCGGCAAAGAGAAGGAGGCCAUGCAGCUGAUGGCUGAAGCCGACAAAAAGGUCAAAGCGUCCGGAUCCUUCCUCGGAGGGAUGUUCGGGGGGAACCAUAAGGUGGAGGAUGCCUGUGAAAUGUAUGCCAGAGCAGCCAACAUGUUUAAGAUGGCAAAGAACUGGAGUGCUGCGGGGAACGCAUUCUGUCAGGCCGCUCGGCUCCACAUGCAGCUUCAGAACAAACUGGACUCCGCCACCAGCUUCGUCGACGCUGGCAACGCCUACAAGAAGGCCGACCCACAGGAGGCCAUCAACUGUCUAAAUCAGGCCAUUGACAUCUACACCGACAUGGGUCGUUUCACCAUUGCAGCCAAACAUCACAUCACUAUAGCGGAGAUUUAUGAAUCUGAGCUGGUUGAUAUUGAGAAGGCCAUUGCCCACUAUGAGCAGGCAGCAGAUUACUACAAGGGAGAAGAAUCUAACAGCUCAGCCAACAAAUGUCUUCUGAAGGUCGGACACUACAGUGCUCAGCUGGAGCAGUACCAAAAAGCUAUUGAAAUCUAUGAACAGGUUGCAAUGAGCACCAUGGACAAUCCUCUGUUGAAGUACAACGCUAAAGAGUAUUUCUUCAAGGCUUCACUGUGUCACUUCAUAGUAGAUGAACUGAAUGCCAAGUUGGCCAUUGAGAAGUAUGAGGAGAUGUUUCCAGCCUUCUCAGACUCAAGAGAGCUCAAACUGUUAAAGAAACUCCUAGAAGCCCACGAGGAGCAGAACAGCGAGGCGUUCACAGAGGCCGUCAAAGAGUUCGACUCUGUGUCUCGUCUGGACCAGUGGUUGACCACGAUGCUCCUUCGCAUCAAAAAGACCAUCCAGGGAGAUGCUGGGGACCUGAAAUAGACAAAUUUGGAAAGAGGGGAGAGAGGGAGGGAGACAGGGGGAACGGGGGACGGUGAUUAAAUAGAAGGAAGAGAGAAUGAUGGGUACGGAAAGAUAUGUUUUGGUGGAAGAGGAUAGAGAGGUGGAUCGAUGAAAAGCAGGGGGUAUAAGGGAGGGAGGGUGGGCCUGAGGGAGUUUACAGUUGUACAUAUCAGUCUGCAUGUGACCCCCCCCACGAACUAAGCAUUACCUUUAAACCACCUUUAGAUGACCCCGUGUCCCCCGUCCUACAGUAUUGCUCUCUAAAACGGGACAGAAAUGUACUAAAAGAGAAAGAAUGGAAAGAAGAGGUGUGUGAGUGAGAGAGUGUGUGUGUGAGUGAGAGUGUAUGUGUUCACUGCAGUAAGGUAAAUUACACUAUUGAUGGGAAAGUGUGCAACUUAUAUGAGAUUUAAGGAUAUAUGUUAUUGAAAAGGGAUAAUAAUGUUACUUAUGAGAUUAUUGGUAUUUAUUGUCAAUACUGAAAAUACUAUUUAUUGUUUAUUAUGGUGCUCAGUGUUACGAUUUGUCUUAAUAUUUUAGGUAUUGGCCCCUCUGCUCUCCUCUUUUCUCCUCCUUUACUUCCUCUCCUCAUCUGUUGCCCCUCCUCCUCCUCUGUCUCCCCUUAUCUUCUCCUCACCCCCCCACACCCCGUCAAGUCAGUGAUAUCACCCAUCGUGACCGGUUGGUUCUUUGUGUUCAGGCCAGCGGUUGGUCAGUGCAGUUAGCCACCAGCGCUAACUCCCCAUCACUGCCUUGUUUUGUUUGUGCAUGUCUGUUGUCAUGUUGAUGUAAGUGUUCUCCGUGUCGUGCUAACGUGUGAAGAACAUCCAUGUAGCCUGGUAUCAUUUGUGUGAAAUCAGUAAAUAUGUACCUCAGAUACAGAGUUGAAUAAAAACACCAUCGCUCCAGA